AUGGCGAACACAACAUCCGAACCAGAGGUGACCUAUGUCCACUAUUUAGAGACACACCCCAUAGAGACAUCUUUCCUGAUCGUCAUCAUGCUCAUUAUUAUCACCAUAGGCACAGUAGGAAACAUAUUCAUCAUAGGAGCCGUCGCUGUAACAAAAAGCCUAAGGACAACGGCUAACUAUUUCGUUAUUAACUUGGCUAUAUGUGAUGUCAUACUCGCGGGGCCCGUUAACAUCUUCUUUGUCGUGGCUAUAUUCACUGGCGAACGUUGGUUCGUUAUUCGGAAAGAAUUCUGCGGCGUAUUGGCGUUCGUGUGCCUCAGUGCGUGUCUGGCGUCUCUCGCCUGCGUGGCGUUCAUCGCCAUCAAUCGUUAUGUUUGCAUUUGCAGAAGUAGCGUCUACCCUACUAUUUUCAGUAAGCGCAACACGAUCAUCAUCAAUAUUAUUAUCUGGGUGUACAGCAUGUGGCUUAAUUUCGCUGUUUUGGGCGGCUGGGGCAGGUACACGUACGAUCGGAAGAUGAUCGGCUGUGUUUGGGACCGCAUGGAACAUCGCGCCUUCAGCUUAAGCUUCCUCGCUGGGGUAUUCAUCCCUCUCGUCACGGUGGCCAUCUGCAACGCACUUAUAUUCUGGAAGGUCUAUCAGACAAAAAAGAAAAUCGCAAGCGUUGGAAAGGGAGGUGAUAAAAAGAUGGACAAAGAGAUUAAACUAGCAAAAGUCCUGUUUUUGGUCUUUUUGAUUUUUCUCGUCAUGAAUUCGCCUUUUGUGGCGGUGAUUCUCUUCGACUCCGCCGAUGUUUUACCAGUUGUUGUGUACGUCAUCGUAGUCCAAUUGAUGCAUGGAAACGCCAGUGGCGUGAACUGUUUCGUUUAUGGAAUCAGCAAUAGAGCGUUCAGAGAGGGUUACAAAAACUUUUACUACAAGAUAUUCGGAGUGUGCGGAGUCAAACGUCCCAUUGGAAAAUCAGCCAAUGGCAACAACAGUAGUACGAAUGGUAGCACGGUCGUAACCAAGGUAGAAACUUGAAUAUGGAAACCGAUGCAAGACUAAAUAACAACAAUUAUCAAUAUGGAAGAGCAUGGACAAAAAUUGCAACUGAUGGAGGACAAAUUUCCAUUGCUUUAUCUUUUCUUGUUUUCCCCAACAUGGAAAAUACUUCUUUUUAGUGAUACUUUAGUCUUAAAAUUGUAUUUAUGCUAAUUUUCAAAGUAUUAACAUUUUUAUGAAUAUAGAAUUUUUAAGAAAUGUGCUGACAAGGAAUGACGCUCUCCAUCUCCGAGUGAUGCCUGAAGUAUUUCUUGCCUAAAGUAUUUCUAAUAAGAAACCCAUGGGCAUUAUUAUAAGUGGGCCUCAUGAGAGAUAAAUCAUUAGGGCAGACGCGUAUAUAUUACAUUCAAACAUUCCAUGAGUA